GCUUCCCCGGAAAUCUCGUGUCAUCGGGCCUCGGAGGCGUAGGAAGUGCUUCCUGGAGCACGGCAGAGGUCACAAAUCAUGUGACGACGGCUUUUGGAGGAGACUGUUUUUGAAGCUGUCCCGGAAUUUGCAGCUGAAUUUCCAGCAAACCAGGAGUGGAGAUUGAUCCUGCGGGAGAAAGGGGUUCAUCAUGGCGGAUGACCUGAAGCGAUUCCUGUAUAAAAAAUUACCAAGUGUUGAAGGGCUCCAUGCUAUCGUUGUGUCAGAUAGAGAUGGAGUGCCUGUUAUUAAAGUGGCCAAUGAUAAUGCUCCAGAACAUGCUUUGAGACCUGGUUUCUUAUCUACUUUUGCCCUGGCAACAGAUCAAGGGAGCAAACUUGGACUUUCAAAAAAUAAAAGUAUCAUCUGUUACUAUAACACCUACCAGGUGGUUCAAUUCAAUCGUUUACCUUUGGUGGUGAGUUUCAUAGCCAGCAGCAAUGCCAAUACAGAAGCCGAGAAGUACCAUGAUCUGCAAGCUAGAGAACCAGGGGAGCCACUGGUGUAAAUCCACUGAGGGCAGAAGAUAAGAUGUCCCAACUCAUGGGAAUUUCUACUAUAGAAAUAUGGCGGCUUUCCUCUGUCUGACCUUCCAGUCCCACAUGUCCUCCAGGAAAAAUUGGACCAGGCCACCCACUCAAAGGAAGACUAAUCUUGAGGGCGAGAGGCUAAGGCUCCAGGGCUGAGACCCCAGUGUAGCCCUGUCCUUUCUCUUUUACCCCCAUCUCCAUGCCUUCUGUGACUCACAAGAAGUCUGCCAGUGGACAUCCCAUUCGUUCUUGGAGAUAGUCUGACACUUUCAAUAGAAAUAUGUUUGAAGUUGUCAACAUGUUAUUUCUGAGUACUAGACAUCAAGAGGACUUGUAUAACUCACCAGUUUCCAGCGUAAUAUUUUGAUCCACUCGUCAGCUUCUACUCCUGUCUUUGCACAGAGAUAAAAUGUCCUGAAUGGAAACACUAAGCUGAGAAGACGAAAGAAAAACAUAAGAUACUCCAGGUGGUUGGUUGAAUGUAUUCGUUGAACAGUAAUUAGAAUAUUCAACAAGAAAAAAUAAUCAACAAAGAGCAACUUGCAGAACUGAUAAAUACAGAGUGAUUCCUGCCAGCAAAGGGCAGAAAUGUGGAGGAAGUUGUGGAUUCAUAGUAUUAUUACUGGUCAGUUUAUAUUUUCUAAUGAGAAGUCAAAACAGAAAAAAAAAAAAAAACAUGUCCAGGACACCCCCAUAUCCUUUUGUAGGCUUAUGUCUUAGACUGAAUACAGCACUUGUGUGUUUAUUCAGUUGAUGUGUUAAAUGACUCCGAACGCGUGCUAUGAUUCAAAGAAUCAGCAAGACGGGUAAGAGUUUGCUGAAGAAACCCAUUUGUGUUGGCCUGAUUCAGUGAGAAAUAAGCUGCUUUGUUGGAUGUAGGUACUUUUAACUAAUUA